AUGUUCGUCAUUUGGUUCAGUCUUCUACUUUCCAUUGCUUCAGCUCAAAUUGAAACUUUUGUUCUGCUUAAUCUCGACACCGGUGACCUUAUCACAUACAAUGACACUCUUAGUUUACAACAAAAUGCAACCACAAUUCAUCAUCCACCACUUCUUCUUCCCAUAGAUGACAUUACCGCCCAAGAAUAUUUCCCAGUUAGCAUGGAUACCUCUGAAGGUACUGAUAAGGAAUUGAAAUCAGAUGAUGAUAAAGCAUUCGUUCAAGAUUCUUCCGUCAGUGACACCACUAAAGACGAACAAAUCUAUGAAUGUUGUUAUCCCGGAUGUACAAUGAUCAUAAAAAAUUACGAUGAAUAUGCAAAACAUACGAAGACACACGAUGAAUCAUUCAUUCAUAAAUGCAAAAUGCCUGGUUGUGGACGAACAUUCAAUUGUGACUCAUCAUUUCGUAGUCAUAAACAAAGGCAUCAACCUUAUCAUCGAUGUGGGAGCUGUGAACAAAUGGAGGAAGAUCAUAUAUGGUUUGGACAUUGGUUGACAAAGUGA